UUAUUCUCCUCUUAUCACAUUACCACCUGAAAUCUUCUUAAACAUUUGUAGAUAUCUUCCACCAUUUGAUUUGCUUUCACUUUCAAGAGUUUGUCGACUCUUUUAUAAUGACCUUUGUCUUGGUGAAUCAGUAACUAUUCAAGAGAUUUGGCGUCAAUCGCGUCUUAUUUUCAUGCCUUAUCGACAAAUGGGACCACCCGAAGGGAUGAAUGAGAAAGAAUAUGUUAGAUUCUUGGUGGAAGAUAAAUGUUAUUUUUGCGGAAGAAGAAAUAAAAAUAGUAGGAUUUAUUGGGAACGUGGAGUUCGAUCUUGUUUUGAAUGUUUAAAAACUCGUACUAAAUCGCAAGAAGAGUUAAUUGAAUCGAAAAUUGUUCCACCAGCGGUUUUGCACUUGUUACCCUGCUCUUACACACGCUCUAUUCCAAUCUUCUGGUUAGAUCAAAUAAUGCCAAAACAUGAAGAAUUCAAACGUCUUACUUCGCAAGAAUGCCUAUCUUGGAUGGAAAAUCAGCGCAAUAUCACUGAGCAAAUUGAAAAAGAAAUGGAUUCACGUUUCUUUGAAGAUAUGGCCGCCAAAAAAGUACAAAAAACAGAACGAAAACACGCCAUUGACGCGAAAAUUAAUGAAUUAUGUCUGGAAAUGAAUGAAAAUGGAACUCACAAGUAUUUGCGAAAAUAUCUUGAUCAAUGUCAUUCUUUGAAAAAUUCGUAUAAAUACAUUAGACCAUUCACUGAAAAAGCAUGGCGGGUGUUGCAACGAAAGGUGACAAGAGAGUAUUCGGAGUUAAUGGAGCAAGAAAAAGAAAAUAUGACAA